GUGUUUUGUUUACAAAAUAACGUGAACAGAGCGCCAGCAGAGACAGCAAAGAAAAACGUGCAUGCAGACAAAUUCAGUAAAUACUUCGAAAUUGUUUAAAAAAUCUGAGAAAAAAUGGGUAAAAAGGUCUAUAAUGCCAAGGCGCGGCAGCAGAAAGAAAUAAUUGUCGAUAAUUCGGCAUUGAAAAAUGUCAAGCUAGAGCUUUCCGAAAUUGAAGGUGGCUCCACAGGAGCUGGCUAUGACGAGGCAAAUGCCUUGGUCCUGCCCUCACAAAAACGGGCGACCAAAGUGAAAGUGGAACACAAGCAAAAUGUAAAGAUUCUGAGUAAAAAGCAAAGAAAGCAUUUGCAGGCGAUUGUGGACAAGAAAAAGAAGAAGGAGGGGCGUGCCGAUCUUUUGGAAGCCUUGGCCAAGGUCCAAGUACCAGAGACUGAACUCAAGCAAUACACAUCCAUUAGUCAAGUACAAACGGUGGGUGUUAAGAAACUGGACACUCUGGAAGAGAUAAUGGCCAAGAAAUUGCAAAGGCAAAAGGCAACCCAAGUGGCAGAGGGUUCAAAGAUUAGUUCCAUAAAAGGUGCAGCUAAACGCAAACUUCUUAGCGAAGAAGUCGAAGACAUUGAGGCCAAGAAACGUAAUCCCAAUUAUGUGGGCAUGGAUGAGAGCAGCAGUGACGAAGAUGAUGAUGACGAUGAGAACGAUAGCAAGGAACAAAUGGAUACUAAGGAAGCACCAGCUAAGGAAACUCCCAAAGAAGAGACCACAAAAAUAGAAGCAAACAAAGCACAAGAGAAAGAUGCAAAAACUCUUCCAAAAGAUCCUUCAGAAACUAAGAAAAUUGAGGAAUUUAAAAAACCUGAAGCACCACUGCGUUCGACUGUCUAUGUACCCGUUCAUCGUGAUCCAGAAAUUCAGGCAGCACGUUUAAAACUACCCAUCCUGGCUGAAGAACAACAAGUUAUGGAAGUUAUCAAUGAGAAUAACAUUAUUAUUGUUGCUGGUGAAACUGGUUCCGGUAAGACCACACAAAUCCCCCAAUUUCUGUACGAAGCUGGCUAUUGUGAAAAUGGCAAACUUAUUGGCAUCACAGAACCACGACGAGUGGCUGCCAUUGCCAUGUCCAAACGUGUUGCUACCGAAAUGAAUCUAAGCGAAAAGGAGGUGUCGUAUCUCAUACGUUUCGAGGGUAAUGUUACGCCAGAAACUAAAAUCAAAUUCAUGACUGAUGGUGUUCUGUUGAAGGAAAUCGAAUCGGACUUUCUGCUGAAAAACUAUUCAGUUAUUAUUUUGGAUGAGGCUCACGAAAGAAGUGCUUAUACCGAUAUUUUAGUGGGUCUUCUGUCACGCAUUGUGCCUUUGCGUUUGAAAAGAGGUGGUAAUCCUCUGAAAUUGAUUAUCAUGUCUGCCACAUUGAGAGUGGAAGAUUUCACCGGCAAUGCAAGGUUAUUUAAAACCCCACCACCUUUACUGAAAGUGGAGGCCCGACAGUAUCCUGUCACUGUACAUUUUCAAAAACAUACUCCGGAAAACUAUGUGGAGGAGGCAUAUCGCAAGACAGUAAAAAUACAUUCUCAGCUUCCUGAAGGAGGUAUUUUAAUUUUCCUCACGGGCCAGCAGGAAGUUAAUCAAUUGGUACGCAAGUUGAGAAGAACAUUUCCAUAUAAUCCAGAUGGGAGUAAGCAGAAACCUAAAGCCAUCGAAACUAAAAAGGAGGAAGGCAAAGCUGACAAAGAAGACGAAGAAAUGCCAUCGACAAAGCCUCAUGAUUCCGACGAUGAAUUCGAUAUGAAACGUGCCAUACGCAAUGUUCGCAAAUCCAAGAAAAAAUUCCUAACCCAACUGGCUCUACCCAAAAUUAAUUUGGAUGAUUACAAGCUACCCGGCGAUGACACAGAAGCAGAUCUCUUGGAAGACGAGGUAGGGGAGGAGAAUCACCAAGAAGGCGAUUUAGAUGAUGACGAUGAUGAUGGAACCACACAACAACUGGAUGAAGGUACGGCUGCAGCCACCACCAAACAACCAUUGUGGGUUUUGCCGCUGUACUCCCUACUAUCUACCGAAAAACAAAAUCGUAUUUUUCAACCUCCACCAGAGGGUUGUCGUCUUUGUAUAGUCAGUACAAAUGUGGCCGAAACCUCACUUACCAUACCCAAUAUUAAAUAUGUGGUAGAUAGUGGCAAACAAAAGACACGCUUGUAUGACAAGAUUACAGGUGUUAGUGCCUUUGUUGUGACCUAUACCUCGAAGGCCUCUGCCGAUCAGAGAGCCGGACGUGCUGGUCGUGUCAGUGCCGGUCACUGUUACCGACUGUAUUCUAGUGCCGUGUACAACAAUGAAUUUGAGGAUUUCUCAUUGCCCGACAUACAGAAGAAGCCCGUGGACGAUUUAAUGCUGCAAAUGCGUUGUAUGGGCAUUGAUCGUGUCAUUAAUUUCCCCUUCCCCUCACCACCUGAUGCUGUGCAAUUAAAAGCUGCCGAGCAGCGUUUGAUAAUUUUAGGCGCCCUGGAAAAGGUUGCCGAUGCCCAGAGUUCCAAAGAUGUACCACCAAUUGUAACGCGGUUGGGUCACACUAUAUCUCGUUUUCCUGUAGCUCCACGCUUUGGCAAAAUGUUGGCUCUUUCCCAUCAACAAGAUUUACUGCCAUACACAGUGUGUUUGGUAGCUGCUUUGUCUGUGCAAGAGGUUCUGGUCGAAGUCAACUUCGACAAGGAAAAAGAGGAUGGUUCUGCAGCCAUCAAUAGAUGGCAAAAGAAACGCCAGUCUUGGGCUGCCACGGGAAAUUAUCAACUUUUGGGAGAUCCCAUGGUUCUCUUAAGGGCUGUGGGUGCCGCCGAAUAUGCCGGAUCCAAGGGAGAGUUAGUUAAAUUUUGUGCCGACAACGGUCUACGUCACAAGGCAAUUUCCGAAGUACGCAAGCUACGCGUACAACUUACCAAUGAAAUCAAUUUAUCCAUUUCCUCAGUGAAUUUGUGUGUAGAUCCAUCUAUGCCACCGCCCACAGAUGCCCAGGCAAGAUUUUUACGGCAGAUACUUCUCUCCGGCAUGGGUGACAAGGUAGCCCGCAAGGUUUCACUGGAAGAUAUAAGCGAUAAGGAAGAAAAACGUCGUUUGAAAUAUGCCUACAAUUGUAUGGAUAUGGAAGAACCAGUUUUCAUGCAUUCCUCUUCGGUGUUGAAACAAAAACUACCCGAAUGGGUUAUCUAUCAGGAGGCAUAUGAAAUACAAAACGGAGACAGUACAAAAAUGUUUAUAAGAGGCAUAACGGUAAUAGAACCCGAAUGGUUGUUGAUUUAUGUGCCACUGCUAUGUAACAUCAAGGCCAUUAAAGAAGAUCCUUUGCCACGUUACAAACCGGAAGAUGGUAAAAUCUAUUGUUAUGUUGAUGCCACGUUCGGUAAGGCUGGUUGGGAUUUGCCUUUGACCGAAAUAGAAAUGCCCAUGGAGGAGAAAGCUUUUUGCUACUUUGCCAUGUUCCUGCUGGAUGGUCAAGUGUGUCCUCAACUUUUACCGUUUAAAAGCAAACUGAAAUCAACUCCCUCCGCAAUGAUUAAAAGUUGGUCCAAUUUGAAUGAUGCCCUGCUGAAAUUUAAACGUUGCCUUAUUGUCAAACAAAUCAAUAACCGGCAAAAGCUUUUCGCUGAAUGGGAGACAAAUCCAAACUUUUUGCUCCAUGAAUAUCAAAAUAUUUUGUAUGAUGUUUCCCUGUCGGAAUUGAUGCCAAUAUGGCCACCAAAUAAAUUAGAAUAAUUUUUUCUUCUUCUUUAUCAUUAAUUUAAAAAAAUAAAAGUGGCCAUGGGUUUUUUCCUAUGCCAGAAAA